AUGUUUUUGCAGUUAUACUUUCAUGAUACUGAACAUGAAAUCGCAAAUCGAUUGGCUUUUUCAACAAAACUAACUGAGAGCAUAGUGGUGAAACUCAUGGAACUCAUGAAAAGUAACCCUUAUGCCUGCUUUUUCCGAAGCCUGAGACAUGUUCCAGACUUGGACAAUUAUCAAAUAGUCCUGAAAUCUUACUGUCAAACUGAUCAGCGAGUCUUUAACAAGCCAACAGUAUCCCAAGUAGCUGCACUGUGGGUUGAAGGUGAAAACUCACAGGACAGCUAUGCUAGACACAUUCAAGUAUACACAAAAGAGGGUCAAAGCCGUAGAAUUCAAUAUUACUAUGGCUGUUAUGAUCCAUUGCAGUAUCCACUUCUAUUUCCCUUUGGCGAAACAGGGUGGCAACCAGGAAUUCAGAGAUCUGGCACUGGUAAUCCAAAAAAAAGGAAAAGGUCAGUUAGAAAUCAUCAACAGACUGCAACUUUAACAAGCUUCAGAUCUGCCGAAGAUAUAAUAGAAUCAGAAGAGAAAGCUUUCAAAAACUUUGAGAAUUCAAAGGAGAAUGUGUCCAUGCGUGAAUACUAUGCAUAUAGGUUCCAGAUGAGGGAGAAAAAUAAACCAAGUAUUCUUAAUACUGCCCGUGCAUUUCAACAGUAUGUAGUGGACAUGUACGUAAAAAUUGAGAGUCAAAGGCUUGAUUUUUUCCGGCAUAGGCAACAACAAAUUAGGACUGAGCAAUUACAGGGUGUCAUGGAUUCUGUAGUUGAGGGCCAAUGUAGAGGUUCAAAAGUAGGGCAACGAGUAAUUUUGCCAGCAUCUUUUAUAGGAGGCCCGUGUGAUAUGAAAAGAAGGUAUGUUGAUGCUAUGGCCUUAGUUCAAAAAUUCGGAAAACCUAACAUUUUUUUAACAAUGACUUGUAACCCAUCAUGGCCAGAAAUCAAAGAAAACUUACUGCCCACUGAUGAGUCUCAAAACCGUGUUGAUCUUUCUGCUAGAGUUUUUCAUGCCAAGUUAGAAAUUUUAAAAGAAGAGUUGUUUAAGAAAGAGGUAUUGGGUAAAGUAGCUGCUUACACCUAUGUUGUUGAAUUCCCAAAAUGGGGGUUGCCGCAUGCACAUUUCUUAAUAAUUUUACACCCAACGUCUAAAUUAUAUUCAACGGAAUCCUAUGAUCACAUUGUUUCUGCUGAGAUUCCUGACAAGAAAGAGCAUCCACACUUGUUUAAAAUGGUUCGCAAACACAUGAUACAUGGUCCUUGUGGCAAUAAAAAUGCAGAUAACGUGUGUAUGCAAGGUACAACUGUUAAAAAAUGCAAAACUCAUUAUCCUAAACAGUGGGCAGAAAAGACUACACAAUCUGAAAAUUCUUAUCCAACAUAUAGGCGGAGGAACAAUGGAGAAAAGGUAAAAGUUCGAGGCCAUGAAUUGGAUAAUAGAUGGGUGGUUCCAUAUAAUCCUUACUUGUUAGCAAAAUUCAAUUGCCAUAUGAAUGUUGAAAUUUGCUCAACAAUAAAGGUAGUCAAGUAUACUUAUAAGUACAUAUAUAAGGGACAUGAUAAAAUACACUUUGCUGUGAAUUCAGAUGACAGAUCUAAAGAGAUAGAUGAAAUUAAGGAGUACCAAUCAGCAAGAUGGGUUACUCCUAUUGAAGCCAUUUGGCGAAUUUACAGAUUUCCCUUAUUUGAAACACAUCCUGGUGUCAUUAACCUUCAGCUACAUCUUGAAAAUUAUCAAUCUCUGACCUUCAAAGAUGAUGCUGAUCUUAGAGAUCUUUUGAAAAGUAAAUUUGCUAAGAAAAGUAUGCUAACUGAAUUUUUCCUUAUGAAUGCUACUGAUGAGAGAGCCAAAACAUUGAAAUGCACAUACAAAGAAUUUCCUGAACAUUUUGUGUGGAAACCUGGUAAACGCAUAUGGGAUAUUAGGCAGCAGAGAGGUUCAAUAGGCCGAAUUGUUACAGCAAAUCCAAGUGAGGGCGAGAGGUACUUCUUAAGAUUAUUGUUAUUGAAUGUAAAAGGGCCAACAUCAUUUGAUGACCUGAAAACUGUCGAUGGUGUUUAUGUUAAUACCUUUAGAGAAGCAGUAAUAAUGAGAGGAUUAUUUGAAUCCAAUAACCCUCAAGAGCAGUGCCUAGAAGAAGCAGCUUUAUACCACAUGCCAUAUAGCUUUAGAAGACUAUUUGCUACUCUAUUAGUUUACUUCACUCCUGCUGAUCCAAGAAGUUUAUGGUUAAAAUUCAAAGAAUCUCUGUCAGAAGAUUUCAAUAGAACUUUGAAUUUGUCAAGCGAUCAGGUACAACAUAAAGUUCUCUAUGAGAUUAGCAAGUUUUUAGAAUCAAUGGGAAAAAACAUUAAUAUGUAUGGAUUAGUACCACGAAUCUUAAAGUUUGAUGAACUGGAUGGAGGUACAAGAGACACAAAUUCUGAGCUAAACUUUAAAGUCAAUGUAGAAGAUAUUGCUGCUAUCUCUAAAUUAAAUAAAGAUCAAAAAGUAGCAUUUGAUACUAUCAUAGAUGCUGUUUUUGUACACUGCAAAGGGAGUUUCUUUAUUGAUGGGCCUGGGGGAACAGGGAAAACAUUCUUGUACCGUGCACUACUAGCUGCAAUUAGAUCAAAGGGAUGUAUAGCUUUGGCAACGGCCUCUUGUGGAGUAGCUGCUUCUAUCUUACUUGGAGGUAGAACAGCCCACUCACGAUUUAAAAUUCCUUUAGACAUGAAUCCUAACAACAUGUGCAAAGCAAGCAAACAAAGCUCAUUGGCAAAGUUAUUACAGCAAGCCAAAUUGAUCAUUUGGGAUGAAGCGCCUAUGACACAUAGAGCAGGAAUUGAGGGAGUAGAUCGUUUGCUUAGAGACCUAAUGGAUAACUCUGAAUUAUUUGGGUCAAAAGUGAUGGUAUUUGGUGGUGAUUUUAGGCAAGUUCUUCCAGUAGUUGUAAAAGGGUCAAAAUCAGACUUUAUCGAAGCUAGCCUUAUAAAAUCUUAUAUUUGGCCUCAUCUGCAGAAAUUAAAAUUGAAGGAAAACAUGAGAGCAAGAUUAGAUCCUGAUUUUAGCAACUACCUUCUUCGCAUAGAUCAGAUCAAUGAAAAGCUGAUACAGGAAUUUCUCGGAACCCCAUUUGACUACUUAAGCAGAGAUAAAUGUUUAGAUAAUUCGCAGCAAGCAAUUCUAGAGGACUUCAUGAAUAGCCACACUCCAAAUGGUUUUCCUCCACAUCGAUUGACAUUGAAAGAAAAUGCACCAAUAAUGUUGUUGAGAAACAUUGACCCACCAGAAGGUCUAUGUAAUGGAACAAGACUUCUAUGCAAAUCACUUAAACACAAUAUUAUAGAUGCAGUCAUAAGUUCUGGUGAAUUUGCUGGGAAGCAAUUGUCUGCAGCACUCUUCAAACGUGAAAAAAUGGAAAGCAACCUGGUAAACUUCACAGAACUCCAACCUCUCAUGGACAACUGGACUGCCAUUGUUCAAGUGAUUGAAAAGCAAAAGGUUCAGGUUUCAAGAAAUGAAAAACGCUACCAAAAGUUGGUGUUUGUUGAUAGUCAGGAAGUACUUUGA